AUGGAUGAAUAUUUGCAGUACAUGAAGACUCUACGCUCUCACAUGAACGAUGCGGAGGAUCAAGCCGCAAAAAUUUCUGCAGAAGAGCAAAUGCAGAUGACGAACAUUCACACUUUGGAAAGCGACAUCGAUUCAGCGAAAUCUGAGAUUGCGCAAGUGGUUGGAGAUACGGAGAAGAUGAAUAAGUCUAAGGUUGAGAUAUGUUCGACGAUAAUGGAAAACCAGAAAAAGCUUGCUGCCUUGGAGUCUGAUUCAUCCAGACUUACACAGACCAUGGAGCUUAUUCGGCAAGAGAAAGCUGGGUUAUCUGCCAAAUUUUCAGAGAGGAGAGCCUACUAUAGCACAGUUGCAGAGAACAUGGUUGCCGAAUUCGAGAAGCAACGGGAAUGGAUAAGAACUACGAAGAUUAGCAGAGAACUGAAAGAGCAUAAAGUUGGGGAUAUAGUUCAUGGACAAAGUGAAUCUGAAGGGAGGACUGUUGCUGAUGGUAACCAUGUCAUAGAUAAGCUGGGGAGUGAUGCAAAGAGGAACUUAAUCACUGACUUGGAUUCAGCUAAAGAAAGGCUUGAUGAGAUUCUUGUGAUGAAAUCCAAGAUUCCCAUGGACAUCGAUAAGAUAAAACUCGCUAUUGAGGAUGUCAAGUGCAGAGAAAAUGAGUUUAAGCACUAUCUUGGACAUCCCGAGCUAAAAGCAGCUGAUAUAACUGCUAUUGAAGAAGAGUAUAAUGCUCUUUUGUCAGACAAAGCUGGAGAAACCGAAUACUUGCAGUCUAUGGAGAAACAAGUUGAAAAACUCCGGGAGAUCUGUCAUGAGAUCAAGUGUGCUUGUGGUGAGAAAUACACAGUUGCAUUGAAGGCACAGUAG